UGGCAGUUUGAAAACAGUUUUGGAGGCCCGAGGCGCACGGCGCGGCGGCCGCGGCUCCUGGGUUAGCCCCCCGGCAGCAGGAGGUAGAGCCGGGGAGACCCCCGCCCCCGGCCGCCGAACCCCCCACCUAAGUCCCAGCAGAAUAAAUAAAUUAAAAGGCCUUCCCCCGGGGAGGGGGGAGGCAGUGUGGGAGCGCGCGAGUAAGGGGUGGGGGGCCGCUGGGGCCCGGGGCUUUGGCGGCGCAGCUGCCGCCGCCGGGAGAGAGCCCGGGGAAGCGGCGAGGAAGGAGGAGAGGGGAGGAGGAAGAGGAGGAGGAGGAGGAAGAGGAGGAGGGUUGGGUUAACGGCAUGGAGAACAGUCACCCCCACCACCACCACCAGCAGCCCCCGCCGCAGCCCGGCCCUUCGGGCGAGAGGAGGAACCACCAUUGGAGAAGUUACAAGUUGAUGAUCGACCCGGCCCUGAAAAAGGGGCACCAUAAGCUGUACCGCUACGAUGGGCAGCAUUUCAGCCUGGCGAUGUCCAGCAACCGCCCGGUGGAGAUUGUCGAAGAUCCCCGGGUCGUGGGCAUCUGGACCAAAACCAAGGAGCUGGAGCUGUCGGUGCCCAAAUUCAAGAUCGAUGAGUUCUACGUGGGCCCAGUGCCUCCGAAGCAGGUGACAUUUGCCAAGCUGAAUGAUAACAUCCGUGAGAACUUCCUGAGGGACAUGUGCGAGAAGUAUGGGGAGGUGGAGGAGGUGGAGAUUCUCUACAACCCCAAGACCAAGAAGCACCUGGGGAUCGCCAAGGUGGUCUUCAGCACGGUCCGCGGCGCCAAGGAGGCGGUGCAACACUUGCAUAGCACGUCUGUUAUGGGUAACAUCAUCCACGUGGAACUGGACACCAAAGGGGAAACACGCAUGCGGUUCUAUGAACUGCUGGUCACAGGCCGAUACACGCCCCAGACCCUCCCGGUGGGCGAGCUGGACGCCGUCUCUCCCAUCGUGAAUGAGACCCUGCAGCUCUCAGAUGCCCUGAAGCGCCUCAGGGACAGUGGCCUGUCUGCCGGCGGUGGCUCUGGCUCGUCGGCGGUCACCCCCAACAGCGGGGGGACGCCCUUCUCCCAGGACACUGCUUACUCCAGCUGUCGCCUGGACACGCCCAACUCCUAUGGACAGGGCACCCCGCUCACCCCGCGCCUGGGCACCCCCUUCUCCCAGGACUCCAGCUACUCCAGCCGCCAGCCCACACCGUCCUACCUCUUCAGCCAGGACCCCGCAGCCCCCUUCAAGGCCCGGCGCCAUGAAAGCAAGUUCACGGACGCCUACAAUCGCCGCCACGAGCACCAUUAUGUCCACGGCUCCUCUGGGGGGGGCCCUCCGGUGGCAGGGACCACAGCUGCCUACCGGGGCUCCGCAGACCUCACGUUCGGGGCAGUCAGCUGCAGUGGGGGCAGCAGCGCCCCCCCCUCCUUCAAGGCCCAGCCGCAGGAGUCAGCCACGUUUGCCCACACUCCACCACCAGCCCAAGCGCCCCCUGCCACGGGGGUGCCCUUCAAGUCCGCUUUCUCCCCCUACCAGACCCCCGUGCCCCCGUACCCCCCACCCCCAGAGGAGCCCAGCCCCGCCCCCACCUUUGGGGCCCGGGACAGUGGGGAGUUCCGGAGGGCACCUGCACCCCCGCCUCUGCCCCCCGCGGAGCCUCUGACCAAGGAGAAGCCAGGGACGCCGCCGGGACCCCCGCCCCCCGAGGCCAACUGCAUGGAGCUGGGCGGCCGCCCCACCUUCGGCUGGAGCCCCGAGCCCUGCGACAGCCCCGGCACGCCCACCCUCGAGUCGUCGCCCGCCGGGCCCGAGAAGACCCACGACAGCCUGGACUCCCGCAUCGAGAUGCUGCUGAAGGAGCAGCGCACCAAGCUGCCCUUCCUCCGGGAGCAGGACUCGGACCCCGAGCUGCGCAUGGAGGGCAGCCCCAUCUCCUCCUCGUCCUCCCAGCUCUCCCCACUCACCUCCCAGCUGGGCUUCCGCGGCCCCUCGCCCCCCUCCUCGCGCCCCUCCAGCACGGGCCUGGAGGACAUCAGCCCCACGCCGCUGCCCGACUCCGAUGACGAGGAGGAGCUGGACCUGGGCCCCCGGCCCCCACCCAAGCCAGGGCCCCCGGACCCUGCCGGCCUUCUGGGUCAGUCAGCUGAGGCCGCCUUGGACCUGGCUGGAGACAGGACCCCAACCUCAGAGAAGAUGGAUGAGGGCCAGCAGUCCUCAGGCGAGGACAUGGAGAUCUCAGAUGAUGAGAUGCCACCGGCCCCCAUCACCAGUGCUGACUGUCCCAAGCCCAUGGUGGUGACCCCAGGGGCUGGGGCCGUGGCCGCCCCCUCUGUGCUUGCCCCAACCCUGCCACUGCCCCCGCCCCCCGGCUUCCCCCCGCUGCCCCCUCCACCACCGCCACCCCCACCACAGCCCGGCUUCCCCAUGCCCCCACCUCUGCCCCCGCCGCCGCCACCGCCACCCCCAGCUCAUCCGGCUGUGACUGUGCCCCCUCCGCCCCUGCCAGCGCCACCUGGCGUCCCGCCCCCGCCCAUCCUGCCCCCCCUGCCACCUUUCCCCCCAGGGCUGUUCCCCGUGAUGCAAGUGGACAUGAGCCACGUGCUGGGGGGCCAGUGGGGGGGCAUGCCCAUGUCCUUCCAGAUGCAAACGCAGAUGCUGAGCCGGCUAAUGACCGGCCACGGCGCCUGCCCCUACCCGCCUUUCAUGGCGGCAGGACUGCAGUUUGUCAACCUGCCCCCCUACCGGGGCCCCUUCGCCCUGAGCAACGCCGGCCCCGGCCGAGGACAGCCCUGGCCCCCCCUGCCCAAGUUUGACCCGUCGGUGCCGCCUCCAGGCUAUGUGCCACGCCAAGAGGACCCCCACAAGGCCACGGUGGAUGGGGUCCUGCUGGUGGUGCUGAAGGAGCUGAAGGCCAUCAUGAAGCGCGACCUGAACCGCAAGAUGGUGGAGGUGGUGGCCUUCCGGGCCUUCGACGAGUGGUGGGCCAAGAAGGAGCGCUCGGCCAAGGCCUCGCUGACCCCGGUGAAGUCUGGCGAACACAAGGACGAGGACAGGCCGAAGCCCAAGGACCGCCUCGCCUCGUGCCUGCUGGAGUCCUGGGGCAAGGGCGAGGGCCUGGGCUACGAGGGCCUGGGGCUGGGCAUCGGGCUGCGGGGCGCCAUCCGCCUGCCCUCCUUCAAGGUCAAGAGGAAGGAGCCGCCCGACACGACCUCCACGGGUGACCAGAAGCGCCUGCGGCCCUCGGCCUCAGUGGACGAAGAAGAUGAAGAGUCGGAGCGCGAGCGGGACCGGGACGUGACCGACCCUCCCUGCGAGCUGGCCAAGCGUGACCCCAAGAGUGUGGUGCGGCGGCGGCCCGGCCGGCCCAUCGCGCUGGACAGCGGCGGGGAGGAAGAUGAGAAGGAGUCCCUGUCCGUGUCCUCGUCCUCAUCGGCGUCCUCGUCCUCCAGCUCGUCGACGACGUCCCCCUCCUCCUCGGCCUCCGACAAGGAGGAGCGGGAGAGCACGGAGGGGGAGGAGGGCGAGGAGCAGGAGGAGGAGGACAGGGCCCCCCUGAGUCCCGCCUCCUCCUCGACCUCGUCCACGUCAGACAAGGACGAUGAGGAGGACAGUGACGACCAGGUGGAGUCCGAGCAUGAGGAUCACGACACGGCCAUGUCGGAGGCCAGCGAGAAGGAGGACGGGGACUCGGAUGGAGAAGAGACCCUGAGCGUCGCCACCUCCGGGACCCGAGCCAGCUCCUCCAGCGACAGCUCAGACACUUCUGAGUUUGAGUCCAGCUCCGAGUCCUCGUCCUCAUCGUCCGAGGAUGAAGAGGAGCUGGACACAGUGGAAGCCGUGGAGGCAGAGAAGGAGGAGAAGGAGGAGGAGGAGGCCGAGGAGGAUGCUGAGGAGGAAGAGGAGGAGGAGGAGGAGGAAGAAGAGAGCACGGCCCCCACCGCUCCCGAGAGUGCCGAGGACAUGGCCAUGGGGGCGCUGGCCCUGGCGCCUGGGCCCAUGGAGGAGGAGGUGGACAUUGAGGUGGAGGACGAAGGCCCUGUGGGGCAGAGCCCCGUGCCGGAGGAGCCCCACCAGGCCCUGGGCACCAAGGAGGCGGCCGCCCGCAAGGAGCCCCCGCAGGAGCUGCGCCGAGGCCAGGAAGGGACCAGGCCGAUGACGCCUGAGCCCCUAGCCAGAGAGACCGAGGCCCAGCCCGCACCCUCCCCGGAGCCCGUGCCAGAGAUCAUCCUGGAAGUGGAGUCCAAGUCUCCUUUGAUGAGCUCCGUACCCAUGCAGCCGCCACUGCCCCCCGCCCGGCCCCCCAGCCCACCCCCAGAGCCCGAGACCCCAGAGCCCCCGCCCCCUCCCAUGCCGCUGGAGCCGCCCCCCGACGACCAGCCUCCCCGAACUCCAGGCCUCUGUGGCAGCCUGGCCAAGUCGCAGAGCACAGAGACGGUGCCGGCCACACCGGGCGGGGACCCCCCGCUGUCGGGGGGCAGCAGCGGCCUGUCCCUGAGCUCCCCGCAGGUGCCCGGCAGCCCCUUCUCCUACCCCUCCCAGUCCCCCAGCUUGAGCAGUGGGGGUCUCCCGAGGACUCCUGGCCGGGACUUCAGCUUCACGCCCACCUUCCCCGAGCCCGGGGGUCCCCUGCUCCUGCCCGUCUGCCCCCUCCCGGCUGGCCGGCGGGACGAGCGCGCUGGGCCCCUGGCCUCCCCCGUGCUCCUGGACACGGGGCUGCCACUGCCGCUGCCCCUGCCCCUGCCCCUGCCCCUGGCGUUGCCCGUCCUGCGGGCCCAGACUCGGCCCCCCAGCCAGCUGCCCCCGCUGCUGCCCGCCCCGCUGGCCCCCUGCCCGCCGCCCAUGAAGAGGAAGCCGGGCCGGCCCCGGCGAUCCCCCCCUGCCGGGCUCUCCCUGGACGGGUCUUUGGUGCGGCCGCCCGGGGGCGCUGCCCUGGGCCGGGACCUCCUGCUCCUGGCGGGCCAGCCGCAGACCCCCGUCUUUCCCAGCGCCCACGACCCCCGGGCUGUCACCCUGGACUUCCGGAACACGGGGAUCCCGGCCCCCCCACCACCCCUGCCCCCCCAGCCACCCCCACCCCCGCCCCCGCCCCUCGGGCAGCCCACAAAGCUGCCAUUCAAGGAGCUGGACAACCAAUGGCCUUCGGAGGCCAUCCCACCUGGCCACCGGGGGCGUGACGAGGCCAACGAUGAGUUAAUGGACCUGGCCAAGGGGCGAGGGCCCCGGCUACUGAAGAAGCGCCACGAGGACUUGGUGGUGGCCCCAGCCUCGCCCGAGCUCUCGCCGCCGCCACCUCUGUUCCGACCCCGCUCUGAGUUCGAGGAGAUGACCAUCCUGUAUGACAUCUGGAACGGCGGCAUCGACGACGAGGACAUCCGCUUCCUGUGCGUCACGUACGAGCGGAUGCUGCAGCAGGACAACGGCAUGGACUGGCUCAACGACACGCUCUGGGUGUACCACCCCUCCACCAGCCUCUCCUCCGCUAAGAAGAAGAAGCGGGACGACGGGAUCCGGGAGCACGUGACGGGCUGUGCCCGCAGCGAGGGCUUCUACACCAUCGACAAGAAGGACAAGCUCAGAUACCUCAACAGUAGCCGCGCCAGCACCGACGAGCCCCCCGCAGACACCCAGGGCAUGAGCAUCCCAGCCCAGCCACACGCCUCCACGCGGGCCGGCUCGGAGCGACGCUCGGAGCAACGGCGCCUGCUGUCCUCCUUCACUGGCAGCUGCGACAGCGACCUGCUCAAGUUCAACCAGCUCAAGUUCCGCAAGAAAAAGCUCAAGUUCUGCAAAAGCCACAUUCACGACUGGGGCCUGUUCGCCAUGGAGCCCAUCGCAGCCGACGAGAUGGUCAUCGAGUACGUGGGCCAAAACAUCCGCCAGGUGAUCGCGGACAUGCGGGAGAAGCGCUACGAGGACGAGGGCAUCGGCAGCAGCUACAUGUUCCGGGUGGACCACGACACCAUCAUCGACGCCACCAAGUGCGGCAACUUCGCCCGCUUCAUCAACCACAGCUGCAACCCCAACUGCUAUGCCAAGGUGAUCACGGUGGAGGCGCAGAAGAAGAUCGUGAUCUACUCGAAGCAGCACAUCAGCGUCAACGAGGAGAUCACCUACGACUACAAGUUCCCCAUCGAGGACGUCAAGAUCCCCUGCCUCUGCGGCUCCGAGAACUGCCGGGGGACCCUCAACUAGCCCCCCAUCAGGUGCUGAACACUACCCCAGGACCCCUCGCGGGAAAGGGCUCGGGGGCGCGCCCGGGAGCUCCAGCCAGGGUCCGCCCGCGCCUGCCCCCACCCGCCGCCUGUCCUUCCUCUUUCCCAUCGUCGUCGUCAUCAUCGGCCUCUCCCCACGAAUGCUGCUAUGUCCCGUGUCUUCUCGUCGUGAGGAAAGACUUGGACCGUUCAAAUGUGAAGGCAGAACCAGAGAGCGGAGCGGGGCCGGGUGGGGGCAGGGGUGGGGGCUGGGGUGUCGGGGACCGUGUUCUGGACCCCCGGGCCAGGUGCUGAGGAGAGCAGGGGGUCAGGCCAGCUGGCUUUGACCCCAGAACACUAUGCAGGUCCCCUCUCUGCCUGUGGACUCUUGAGAAGACCCCUCUGCCCCGUGCCUCAGCCCCGCCUGUUCCUCCCCCAGCAGCCUGGGGGCGCCAUCUCGAGUCGAGCCCGUGGGCCAGGCUGCUCCCAGGAGGGGCUCUCCCCCGGGGUUCUCCCCGCCGCCGCCCCUUCUUCCCAAUCUUGGGUUCAAUGUUUACUUUCUCAUUCGAAUGCCAGCAAGGAGGGCGCCCCCUGGAGGUGUGAGGGGGCAGGGUCUGUGUCUGCCCUGUCGCGCCCCACCUGCACCCUGGGAGAGGGGCCUGUACCCCCCAGGGCUGACCGCAUGCAGAUAGCAUUUUUCUGUUCAUAAGCUUCGCCCUCCGGCCCCCAGCCCGCACCCCCUGCCCCACAGAGCCUCCCCAGCCCCCUAACAAGACGUGACAUAUUUAUUUCUGGAGUGAGAUGCUUUCUCCCAGAGAAAAUCUUGGAGAAGAUUUUAAACUCAGACCUAAGUCUUGUGACUGUUUUGUUCCGGACCCUUUUUACCCCCUUCCCACCAUCCUCUUCAGGGUUUAUUUCCAUGAAUUAUUUUUUUUUCCUUGUGCGUGUAUAAAAUCAAAACAAAGGGAAAAAAAUGGGUUUUUGAAGUUCAGAACCAAGUUGUGUAUAUAGGCUGCCUCAAGGACUUGUUCUCAGAACAUUGUUUCUUGUAGAAACACGUGGGAAGUCUUUUUUGCUCACUUCUUUGUACUUCCGGAAGCCCACAGCCCGCCCCGAAGCUGACGGCGUGAUCGGGGCGCCGCGGCGGGGACCCCACCGCACACGCAGGCCGGGCCGGAGAGCCUGGGAUCUCAGCUUGUGUCAAGCUUGUUAUCAUGUAAAUUUUGUACAAAGAAUUGUUAUCUUUCUCUCUCUCUCUCUCUCUCUCUCUCUCUCUCUCUCUCUCUCUCUCUUCUCUCUCUCUGUCAUUGGUGGUUUUGCUGUGUUUUUUUUCCUUCACCCCACGCCCUCUCUGUUUGAGACUGUCCGCCGGUUCCCGGGUGCAUGGAACCAGCGUCCUAAAGACUCGGAGGGUCCUGGGCACAGCGCGACCUUCUCUUCCAGUUGCGGUUUUCUGCCCGCCGUGCAGCUGAGGACAUAUUUAUUUUUCACCUGAGCAAAUGUGUUGUUUGCAGAGACAAUUGUUUGCAGCCAGUUUAGGUUCCAGGGGCGGCCCCUGGACGCUGCCACUGUUGUCCCCGCACCGCCCCCCUCACCCCCAUCAGCGAAGUGGGGCACUGAGGAGAGCAGGGUGGGGGUCUCCCAGCUGCCCCCUCUCACCUGGCCUCACUGUGCCCCUAGGGCGAGCAGCUGGGCCCUUCCCCGCCCCGGAAGCCCCGGCACCUCCCCUGGGUUGGCCACCCGGAUAGUUGCUGGCUCAGUUUUAACUGAAGGAAUCUUUGCUUUUGAAGACGGCGGGUUCUGCUUUUAUGUUUUUUUUCUUCUCUCCUCCUCCUCCUCCUCCCCUCCUCAGCAGAGAAGAGAACCAUCAGCUUUAGGGGUGUCUGUGCAUAGAGACUCAUCUGUAUGUGACUUGUUUUGAAAUGUUUCUGUUGUGGGUGUGUCUUGCUGUAAAUAUUUGUUCAUAUUUUUGUGAAUUCAAUACUCUGUACCAUUGUACUAUAGUAACUUUUAUAAAGCAAACCAUAAAUAUACUGACUUUUCUUACAGA